UGGUACUGUUGACGGAGUUGUGUUCGCUAGGACAUAAAUGCACUUUUCCUUGGCGGUGAUGCCGCCGCCGGACGAAUGCUGCCCUACUGCGGGUGAGAGUGUAGUGGUGGUGUGUUUUCCUCUCGAUCAACGACAGCCAGAGUCGGCAGCGGCAAUUGCUGCAGUCAAGGGAAAUCAGAAUUAUCAAUCUUCCCUUUCGUAGCAGCAGUCAGUCUUUGGCGGAUAUUCGGAGGAACGCGUCGUCGUCGCGUGUCUGUCUCUCUGACGAGGAAACUGCGUCCGAGUGUUUUUCCGACGAGCGAUAUAUUUUCCGUGCGAGAGUGUUGAAACCCACCUUUCGAGUGCACGCGUUGUUUGUUUCUCGCGUAUGCGGCGGGGUCGUUACACACCACGAUCAAGAAUCACUCGGAGUGAUGACGAUCGCAACAACCAGCAGCAGCAGCAGCAGUGCGGUGUCGAGUGGGUGGUAGAAGCUUAGCGUGGUGGAAAUUCUAGAACGCACGCUUAUCCAAAAUCUACAUAAAAUAAAAAAACCUAAAAAAAGAAAAUCGCUCCGUGAAGCAAAAGUGUAUGACUUCGACACGGCGUAGUGGUGCAGCAUCAGAUAAACAAAUUUGACAUUGCAUAUUCUGAGCAGGGAAGAAGCGGAGGCGGUCAACAAACGAGCACACGAGCGAACGAGCGAGUGAGUGAAGGGAGGUGGGUUUGAGAAAUGUGGGACAACAGCCGGUCAGAGCCGACGAAAAUCGAUUGACACCGGGAAAGCGGUUUUCCCUAAGUGGAGUGAAGCAGAGAGGUGCAGCGGCACCUUUAAUGGGGCUUUAAGGUGCACGGGGACAGGUGAAUUUGUUACCGCGUCGUGCUUGGGGGCCGACGAUUUUGAUGGAUGUUUGCGGUUAGUUUGGAAAUUGUCCGGAAGGAAAGAAAAGAGUCAAAAGUCUCUCCGUUCCCAGCAACAAGUGUUGUUAGUUGAAGAAGAUUUGCUCGGCUGAAAAAAAAGUAUCCAAAAGUUGGGAAAAGAAGUGUGAAAAGUUUUAGUUGAUCGAAAAGAAAGGUAUAUUCCUGAUAAUAAGAAGCUACCGCAGAAAGAGAGAGGGAGCAAGCAAAAUCAAGAAGUGUAAGAAGGUGGUGUCCACAUUUUGUUCCGUUUCCGUUUUCCGUGCAAUCAAAGUGCGUUUUCAUUUGCGUUAGUGUUAGUGCGUGUGUCCAAAGUCUUUUCUUUUCCUCUGUUCUCGUGUGUUACAUAUCUUCUCUUUUGUGCGUGUCCAACCCCUCGUCCGCGACAUAAGAAAAAAAAAAUCCCUCUCAAAAAAUAAAAGAAGUGUUCCUUUCAAUAAUCACCCAUCAACAAUGCUUAAUUCGUUGGAAGCGUUGGCCGGCAAGAUUUCGCCUGGUUCGGGCAAGAGUUCGCCCUCGUCCGGGAUCGAUAACAACGGCAACAAGGUGCUGCUGGGUGGAUAUGGCCACCACCACCACCAUCUACUGAGUGCGGCCAAGCAUCCCUAUCAGAAGCCCGGUCUGAGCAACAACAACAACAACAGCAACGUGGUGAACAAUGCGGCUCUGAUCAAUGGGGGCGGUGCGUUGGCUGCGUCGGUGGUGGCCACCCCGGCGGUGAUCGCGGCCAGCAUCGGAAGCAGCAAUGGCACCGGACCGGGCGGAGAUCUACACCUGCUGCAUCACCAGAUGGCGGCCUCGCACCACCGAGUGCUGCCGGACGUGGCAACCGAGGUGGCAACCCUGCAGAUCGAGAUGAACGCCAAAGAAAAUGCCCUCAUGAAUAUGAACAAUAACAACAGCAGUACCGCCAACAACAACCUCAGCCCCGCCAGCAACAAUAACUGCAUCGCCAACAACGGCAGCAGCAACAACAAUAACAAUCAUACCACGCUGAACAACAACAACCCCAAUGUGAUAAACCAGAACAACCCGACCAUCCUCUCGUCGAGCGGUGGUAGCCUGAACAGUAGUAGUUGUAGUAGUAGCGUGAGCAUCCUGGGGAGCAGCGGCGCCGGUAGUCCCGGUGGCCUGCAGCAGCUGAUAGUGACGACGCCCCGCAAGUCUCCCCAGGGCUACGGCGGCGGCGGCGAUGAGGACACCGGCGACGAGAUCAUCCGAGAUCAGCCGGACCCGGACUAUAUCAAGAUGUUCGUCGGGCAGGUCCCCCGGUCCAUGGACGAACAGCAGCUGAAGGAGAUGUUCGAGGAGUUCGGCCGGGUGCACCAGAUCAACGUUCUGCGGGAUAAAACGUCCGGGCUGAGUAAAGGGUGCUGUUUUGUGACGUUUUACACGCGAAAAGCGGCUCUCAAGGCCCAGGAUGCGCUGCACAACAUCAAGACGCUUGUGGGGAUGCACCAUCCAAUCCAGAUGAAACCUGCCGAUAGUGAAAACAGAAACGAACGGAAGCUGUUCGUGGGUAUGCUGAGUAAAAAGUACAACGAGAACGAUGUGAGGCAUCUGUUCUCCGGCCAUGGCGCGAUCGAGGAGUGUACGGUGCUACGGGAUCCGUCCGGACAGAGCAAAGGCUGUGCGUUCGUCACGUUCGCCACCAAACAGGCGGCGAUCGGAGCGAUUAAGUCUCUACACCAGAGCAAAACCAUGGAAGGCUGUUCGGCACCCCUCGUAGUCAAGUUUGCCGACACGCAGAAGGAUAAGGACGCCAAGCGGAUGCAGCAGAUGCAGUCCAACCUGUGGAACAUUGCCGGAAUCAAUCAGCCGAUCACGCAGUCGGUGACGCCGCUGACCGCGCCGGCCACCGGCCACCAUCCGAACCCGCCGCAGCAGCAGACGCCCUUCCUGGCGGCCGAUGCCAUCUCGCCGGCGUCGCUCACACUUCUGCAGCAGCUUCAGGCGGUGGCCCAGCAGCAGCAGUUUUUGCAAGGUCUCGGUGCCCAGACUGACACUACGACGGCAGCAGCCGCGGCUGGACUGUUGAGCCCGCUGUCGAUGCAGAACCUGGUGACGCUAGCGGCCAUGACGCAACCAUCGCUUCAGGCUGCCGCCGCCCAAACGCCCACCGCGGCCAUUACCAACGCAGCGACCUCACUGUGUCUCUUAGGGAAGACAGCAGCGACAUCUGCCACAGGGACCGCCGGAGCAGAUGCCACCGCCCUGACGCAGUACGCCGCCCUGCCCCAGUUCGGCUCGGCGGCCACAGCAGCAUUCACCACAACGCCUUUACCCAAUCCGACGAUGGCCCAGGCAGUGGCUGCGGCCGCUGGCAAGCAGAUCGAAGGUCCCGAGGGUUGCAACCUGUUCAUCUACCACCUGCCGCAGGAGUUCACCGACACGGACCUGGCGUCGACGUUCCUCCCCUUCGGCAACGUGGUCUCCGCCAAGGUGUUCAUCGACAAGCAAACCAACCUGUCCAAGUGCUUCGGCUUCGUGUCGUUCGACAACGUGGCCUCGGCGCAGGCCGCCAUCCAGGCGAUGCACGGUUUCCAGAUCGGCACGAAGCGGCUGAAAGUGCAGCUGAAGCGCUCGAAGGACGCCUCCAAGCCGUACUAACUAUUUGGGGAAACUGUGGUGAGGCAGGAAUUCAGCGGCGCAGCGGAAAUCGGGACAAACACAGUUACAAUAAGAGAGGAGGAGGGGCAGGAGUAGCUUCUACGUUCGUCGUCGUUCUGUUCGUAACACUUGUCUUGUUGGAACACGUUAAAUGUAAUUGUUUCACGAUAAGCUUAGUUUACGUCGGGCAGCACACAAAAACACACACUGGCAAGAAGACGAAGUAGGCGGUGGAUGAGCUGGGCGCAACGUCCGCAACACUUACAAGACAAUUAUUGGACGAAAAGGUUGUGUAUGAAACGUUUUUAUGUCCUGUUUCCAGAUUUGAUGGUGGCCGUUUUCCUGUUUUAUCUUUUUCCUUUUAUUUUGAUUAACGUUAUGUUUCGUUACUUGUUUUAUGAAAAGUAAGGUAGAAAGCCAAAAAUUCCAACUACACAAAAGAAACAAAAAUUAGAAUGGUAGAACAAAAACUAAAAGGUAGCAAACUAGCACAAAGCAACAGUAGGAAGGAAACAGAGACGAGAAAAAACCGCGUUAAGCUGGAUUUUGUUGAGUAGUAGUAUAGUUUUUCAUUUUCGUUCGAUUUUUUACUCACAUUUUUUGAUUAUUAUUAGUUCCACCGCGAGUUAGAGAAAAAAAAAGAGUACUAGAUUUAGAGCCUGACGGCUGGGAAG